AUGGGCGCGGCGGCCGCCCCGGGGCGCGCCGCUUGGGUGCUGGCGGGGGGCCUCCUGGCCGCCACCCUGGCGCUCCCCGCCGGGCCCGGGGGCCGGGGCUGGCUCCCCGUGGGCCCGAGUCCCCUCCGGCGAGCCCUCGGCGCGCAGGCGCCCCCGGAUCCCCCCGCUGCCCCCGGGGCGGGGCCCGAGCGGACCGCGCAGUUUGGAGACGUUUCGAGAGAUGGUCUAGGAAGCACCGCACACGGGGUGAUUUUUCAGAAGUGCGCAGUGGUGUCCGGGCUGAGGGUGGCGCAGACGGCUCAGGUGCACCUGCUGGUGAACAACACCCAGACACCUGCGGCAGCCAACCUGUCAGACCUGCAUCUGCUCGACAACAUCACGGGCCUCAUCCUCCGGGAGUCGGCUGGGAACAGGACCUCGGCGGGGUUCCUGGCUUUCAGGAAGAAGUUUCUGCCAGUUGGAGACUCCUUCUCGGUCAGCUACACAGCCUCGCUGGAGGCCGGAGCCGCUGGGCGUGGAGAGACCCUGAUGCUGCCGGCCCUGCUCACCUUUCAGAGCUCGUCAUCGAACAGAACGCAGCUGAGAGCUCUCUUCACCAUCACAGCAGAGGAGAAGGUGAAGGUUCUACCAAACCAUGGACUUCAUGCAGCCGGCUUCUUCGUGGCCUUCAUCUGUGGCCUUGUGCUGAGCUGGGUCACGCUUUUCUUCGUAGUUCGAUAUCAGUGUUUGAAGGGAAGCACGUUCACCAGACAUCGGGUUCAGCAUCACGAGAGCAAGCUGGAGCACUCGCAGGUCACGUCCGCCGACGGUGUGAAUGAACAGCUCGCCCUGAGUGACCAGAUGGUAGACGUUCUGUCCUCGGAGGACCCCGGGAGCAUGCGGCAGGCCUUGGAAGAGUUGGAGAUUGCAACCCUGAGUCGGGCAGACUCGGAGCUGGAGGCUUGUCGGACCCAGAUCAGCAAGGACGUCAUCGCCCUUCUCCUGAGGGAUCUGACCAGCAGGGGCCACCUCUCCCCUCAGGUAGAGAGGAGGAUGAGCGCUGUUUGCAAAGAGCAGUUUCUGAUGCUGGAGAAAGAAAUACAAGAGGAGUGUGACCGGAAGAUGGUGGCACUGACGGCUGAGUGUGACCUGGAAACGAGGAAGAAGACGGAAAACCAGUACCAGAAGGAGGUGGCGGUGAUGGAGGAGGUGGAGGAGCUGCUGAAACGUGUCAGCGAGAGGUCCGCCGUGGAGUGCAGGAGCCUCCUGCGGACCCUGCACGGCCUGGAGCAGGAGAACCUGAGGAGGACGCUCGCCCUGCAGCAGGAGGAGGACUUCGCCAAGGCUCACAGGCAGCUGGCCGUCUUCCAGAGAAACGAGCUGCACGGCAUCUUUUUUGCCCAGAUAAAAAGUGCCAUCUUCAAAGGAGACCUGAGGCCAGACGCAGCUAAGAUGCUGCUGCAAGAUUACGCUAGGAUACAGGAGGACGUAGAAGAGUUAAUGGACUUUUUCCAGGCCAGUAAGAGGUACCAUCUGAGUAAGAGAUUCGGCCACAGGCAGUACCUGGUCCAGAACAUACAGUCGUCAGAGACCCGUGUGCAGGGGCUUCUGAGCACGGCUGCUGCGCAGCUGACCCUCCUCAUCCAGAAGCAUGAGAGAGCCGGGUACUUGGAUGAGGAUCAGGCGGAGGUGCUGUUGGAACGGGCUCAGACAGAAGUCUUCUCCAUCAAACAGAAGUUGGACAAUGACCUAAAGCAGGAGAAGAAGAAGCUCCGUCAAAAACUAAUAAUUAAGAGAAGACGGGAGAUGCUGCUCAAGCACAAGGAGCAGCGGAGGGAGCAGCUGUCCAUCGUCGGGGAAGCCUCCCGGGCCGCGGAGGACGCGGGCCAGUACCUGGCCCAGUGGCGGCGCCUGGUGGCGGACCACAGCGCCGCCCUGGAGGAGCUGCAGGAGCGCCUGGACCAGGCGGCCCUGGACGACCUCAGGGCCCUGACGCUGUCGCUGUUCGCGAAGGCCACCGAGGAGCUGCGGCGCCUGCAGCACUCCGCCAUGACGCAGGAGCUGCUCAAGCGCGGGGUGCCCUGGCUCUUCCUGCAGCAGAUCCUGGAGGAGCACAGCAAGGACAUGGCCGCCCGGGCCGAGCAGCUCGAGGCCGAGGAGAGGGACAGGGACCAGGCGGGCGUCCAGAGCGUGCGGCAGAGACUGAAGGACGACGCAGUGGAGGCCGCGGCGGAGGAGCAGGCAGAGCUGCGACACUGGGCGCGCGGGGUCCUCACGAGGCUCUGCUCCUCGGCCUUCUCUCUGUCCGAAGAGGAGCUGCUCAGGACGAGGCAGGACGCGCACGGCUGCUUUGCGCAGAUGGACAGGAGCCUGGCCCUCCCCCGGGUCCGGGCCCGCGUCCUGCUGCAGCAGCUCCGCACUGCCUGGCGGGAAGCAGAGUUCCUGAAGCUGGACCAGGCCCUGGCCGUGCCCGAGCUGCAGCAACAGUCCAGGGCGAGAAAGCCGCGCACCAAGAGUAAAAGCAAGAUCGACCUCCUGAGGAAGUGCAUCGAGGAUAAAAUCCAGCUCUUUGACGAGCCAGCCCCUGAAGACCUGGUUGAGAAGGUCCGAGGUGAGCUGCUGAGGGAGAGAGCGCAGCAGCUGGAGGCCCAGGAGGGCCGCGUCGCGGAGUCCCUGGUCUCCCUGCAGUUCCAGAAGGCGGCCAGGAUGGCCCAGACGCUGUGGGCGUACACUGCCCUGCUGAGCAUCCAGGACCUGCUCCUGGAGGAGCUGAGCGUGUCCGAGACCCUGAGCAAGUCAGCCUGCGCCCAGAUCCUGGAGUCACACGGCCCCGAGCUCCAGGAGCUGGAGAGGAAGCUGGAGGAGGAGCUGGCCCACCAGGAGGCGGCCCAGCUGCAGCAGGCCCUGGCCCGUCGGCAGCAGUGGGCAGGAGACGGGCCCGGGCUUCUGAAGGAGCCUGGGGACACGGAUGCUGAAAGGCAGGUCUCCGUGGUCCUGCGGCAAGCCCUGAGCAAGAGCCAGCAGCUGCUGGAGCACCAGCAGCAGAGUUUGCGAGAGGAGCAAGAACACAGUGUCGUGCUUGAGGACCUGCUGGAGAGCAUGGAGGAGGACGCCUUUGUGGCCCUGUACAGCCAGGAGCUGAGGCUGGCCUCGUACCUGUCCAAGCUGACGAUGGUGCCGCCGGGCACACUGCGCCGCCUCCUGAGCGUGGCCCUGCCCGAGGCCUCGCAGCCGGAGCUGCUGGCCGUGCUGGAGUCGGUCAGCCAGAAGCAGCCGGACCACGCGGCGGACAGUGACGGCGGGGAGCAGGCCGACCUGGGCAGGAGGGGGAGACGCCAGGGCUGGUGGCGGGCCCUGGAGAGCAGUCUGCGCGGAGAGCUGGCAGGCAGAGGCUUGGAGAGGAUGCGGAGGGCCCGCCAGAGGAAGGAGAGCGUACUGAAGAAGACGUGUCCCCCUCUCAGGGAGAGGAUGGCGUCCUCUGGGAAAGGGGGGUGGCCACACCUGUCCCUGGAGCCCAGCCGGGAACUGGUUCCCGUGCCCAUUGUAGAGGCAGAGAGCAUCGACUUACUGAACACCGGCGAGAAGCUCUUUAUAUUCAGAAACCCGAAGGAGCCGGACAUCUCGCUGCACGUCCCUCCCAGGAGAAAGAAGAAGAACUUUCUGAACGCCAAGAAGUCCGCCUGGGCCUCGGGCCUGGGCUAGCCGUAAGCAAAGUACCAGGGAGUCGGGGACAGAAAGAUGUGUGUUCCCCUGCCCACCUGUGUGUGUUUGCAAUGUACAACCUGCCAGUACGUAUCGCACACGGAAGACAGACACACCAACGGGGGUCCUUCCCUACUCUCCCGGACCCUGUUUACUGUUCUCAUGAGUUUGCAGGUGGCCCCUCUCUUUGGCAUCACAGGGAUGUAAUGA